UUCUCCCUUUGUUUUAUCCCUUCGAUUAGGUCAUUCAAGAGGAGCUCACGCCUUCCAACCCCGCCAUUAAAAAACUAACAAAACACCAACAGAAUGCGAACUAAUUAUCUUUUGCUGGAGUAGGGGUUGGAGGAGCAGGAACCUUGGAUGGAGAGCCAAAGGGUCGUGGUGGUGGUGGAGGAGGCUGACGCAGCCCGCAUCGCUCUAGAAUGGGCGGUCCGCAACUUUCUCAGGUCGGCCGAUUCGUUGACCUUACUUCAUGUCUACCCCGCCACCAAAUCGAGGGUGAAGCAGCGCCGGCUCCGUCUCAGGGGCUUCCAACUCGCCCUAUCCUUUAAAGAUCUCUGCAAUGGAAUCGCCGAGGCGAAGGUGGAGAUCAUUGUGAUGGAAGGAGACAAGGGGGCUGCUGUGGUUUCGUUUGUGAGCAAGAUCGGCGCGUCGACCCUUAUAGUUGGGCUCCAUGAUCAAAGCUUUCUUUACAAAAGAAGUAUUCCAAACCUCGGCACGAGAAUUCUCAACUGUAGAAUCCUUGCUAUUAAGCAGCACUCGUCAACACACUAUGGAUUAGUAAAUACUGAAUUCUCUCAAAUUGAAAUCACUGGGCUUAGCAGGAUGCCACAGGCGAAAAAAUGUUUUUUAAUCUUCCUUUCUCCUCUGGGAAGGAUAUUGAAGAGAUCUAGAAGGAAUUAAAGGAUAAAAAGGGAGGUUUUGAUUGUUUCUUACAGUGAAAAGGAAUGGAAUCUGAAUAAAAGUAAACAGAAAUGCUACAGUUAGGAACAAAAUGAUAUUUGUCCAUUCCAUUAUAGAUGUUUCAUUUACUCAUAUUUGUACAUGAUAUAAUAAUUUUAAAUGAUUUAUCUUAUGUUCCAUUGCUGUU